AUGUUGGUAGUGGGAGACCACGACUUCAAAAUCCCCAGCCGUCACACACAAGGACGGAUAUGUCACUGGAGCCAGUCCACUGAUUAUCAUCAGGAUAGGACCUCGGCUAAUCGACUUGGGGCGCCGACACCGCUCAAGCGUUACAAAAGGCGUAUGAAGGAGAAGAAGAUCUUUCUGUAGGAGCUGCGCUCGCAUCUCUUUCAUCAGCAUUGAGCCUUGUAUGAUGGAGAGUCGUUCCGAUGCAAAACAGAACCGUUUAGUCAGAUUGAGGAUGAAAAAAUUUAUGACGGAAAAUGGCGCGCCGGUACCAUUUUUUUAGUACUGAAAUUUUGCAUUAUCCAUUUUUGACAUUUUUCUCGAUUUUCUCCAGAACAACUUUGAUACUGGUUCGGUUAUAAUGUAAAAAUCAUAAAGAGUGCUAAGUAAAUGAUGCUAAUCAGCUAGUUUGCCGAAAAAGUCGCUAUCUAGAAAAAAAACUGCUGCUUGCGGGCAUCGAACUCGCGACCAAGGAAAAAAUCGCAUCGCACGCGCUGCGCUGUUUCGUUAGGUGCAACCCGGGGAGCUUCCAUCCGCUACACUUUGAGCCGUUUGAUGGCGUGAUUAGUCAGAUUAAAAUAGAAAUUUUGAAGUGAAUGGGUUAUUUUAAUAGAGGCGAAUCAAAUGAAUCAAAAUUUGGAAUCAACGAAUUCAAAAGUAACUGCUUCAGCGCAUAUAAAGGCGCGGAAAAUGAGGCGGAGGCUUCGACAUUACACAAGCCGCGACAAUCGCUUUAUAGGACGCCACAGCUCAAAGUCGCUUUCCUUUUCCAGGCCGCCACUUCCUAAACUGUUGCUACCGCCUGACGUUAUCGGACGCAAAGCAGGCGGACUACAGUCCUUCAGCGAUGCAUCACCGCCUCUGCAUGAGCGUAUCAACGAGAUCCAUUGA